AUGUUAAUACCGCGACAAAAACACACCAAUGGCAGUGACAUCACCCUAAAGAAGUUUCCAAAUUCCAGCAUUGAAAUAAAACCGAUAUUUAAGAAAAUGCCACAACACAAUCAUAUCAAUCAAUUGUUGAGCACCGCAGCGGCUGGAAAUGGUGUUAUAGGUGAUGUUGAUGCUUUGCUAACACCAUUGGCCAAUACGGGCAAACACAAUGACAACCAAAACAAUAGCAGUGGUGGCGCUGGUGGUGGCUCAAACUCCAAAGAACGAACCGAACGUAAUCUCUGGCGUAAUGAUGAAGUCAUGGAAAUGCUGGUGGUAAUGCAGCAAACCAAAGCUUUAGAGAAGCUCAAUGACAAGACGGUGAAAAGCGAAAAUGUCUUUAAGGAUGUGGCGGCAAUAAUGCAUAAAAACGGGUUCAUCAAGAAGUCACACGUUCAGAUAUGGACUAAAUGGAAAUUUCUGAAAAGUACUUAUAUGACAUCGCGUCGUAACGGUGUAAUACCGCGUAUGAUACCACAUGACAUCUAUGAGACAAUACAUCAGAUGAUUACCACUUACAAUCAGGGAAUGAGUGAAUGUGGCACCUCGACCACAGCAUCCAUGGAUGGAGAUAAUUCCAAUGCUGGUCAUGUUUCUAGGGCAAGUGUUGAUGGUGGGGGACCAGCGGAAAAGUUGGCUGGAAAUGACACUAAUCAAACGGGAGACAAUUUCCAUAUGGCUCAUCCGAUUUUUGGUUUUAGUUUGGGUUUGGUUAAAGAUGAACCCACUGAUACAGGUUACAAUGCUGUGGAAAACAAUAAAACUGAAACGGCCACCGAAAAUCAGUUAAAUGGUACUAUAAGCGAGAAAGUACAAAUCCCCGAUAAGCCUACAAAUACCGUUAUUGAAAAUCAAACAAAAAAGACAUUAGAAAUACCACAUAGGGGCCGUGGACGUCCACCAAAACAAAAGAUCUUACCAGCAGCAACUUCCACACCCAUCACAACAGUCACAACAGCUCUACCCAAUCUACAGCAGAUGCCACCAUUAAGAGUAGCUCCAUUUGCAAAAGCGCCAAACUCGAGCAAUGCUCUGGCAGCAAGUCGUCCACCACCACCACUCACAAUGCCACCAUCACCACGACAAAUACAAAUUACCACUAUCCCCACUAUAAGUGUGACUCCAAAAAUUUCCAACAACAAUAAUCCAGCCAAAGUUGGACAAAGAAAACUUCUACCCAAACUAUCAAUGCCUCCCAAUGAAAUUCAAAACGCAGCAGCUUUACGUCUAUUAAAUGAUCUCCAAACUAGUCGGGCUUCCUCCGCCUCCCCAUCGAACAAUUAUCCGAAAUUAAAACAAGUACCAAUGCGCAAAACGCCAUAUUCAUUACGACCCGAAAGAUUAAUACCAGAUUUAGAGGAAUCAUUUUCACCGCCUCGUGCUGAAAUGCCAGUAAACGGUGAAAGAUUCCCACAGCAAAUACAACAACAACAAGAAGGAACGGCAAUGAUCACUGGUCAAGUUACACAAAAUGGUGUAUCGUAUCGUAAACGUAGAUUGGAUUGGUCCCAGCAACAGCGCAACACUCCAACUAAAUUCCGCAAAAUCCCCAGUGAUGAUGAGGAUAUGCCUGCCCUGCAACAGCCCCAACCACUUCCUAACCAAAAAGAGGAGAGUCGACGUUAUGGAAAACAUCUACAAAAUGUCAUCAUUGAUUUGAGCACCAACAUGCGACAAAUUCAAACUCAAAUGAUGCGAGAAUUCUUUGAUAAACAACACGAAUUGUUGCAGAAAGAACAUGAAUUCCAAAUGCAACAGGAUCGUAUGAUAAUGGAAUCUUUCCAAAUGCAGACCUAUGAAAUUAUGAAAUCGGUCAAGGAGUUAGUGGGUAGUAUAACUACUCGCAGAAAUGACAUGGAAGAGCAACAUUUAAAUUCUCAAUCCAAUCAAGAACUAAUUGAACACGAAGAGUUCCACAAUUUGGGAGAAAGUCAUGAACAAGAAUUGGAUAAUGAGGAGGCAGUGGAUUCCCAAGAUGGUAUGGGUGAACAUCCAGAACAUGAAUUUUCUACCGAAGAAAUGGUCCAGCAAGUACAAGAAGAUGCUGAAGCGGAAGAGGAGAAUAACGAAACUCAUGGACAUCACGAUAAUGAACAAGAAACCGUACAAAGUUAUCCAGAAAAUCCCGACAUUGAUGAACAGGAUGGUGUACAAAUACAAUUGCAACAACACGAUGAACAAAUGCAACACCAAUCAUCACAAUCUCAAGAUGAUAACGAAUCGCAGGAAAAUGUCAAUGGUGAUUGUGGUGGUGGUAUUGAUGAUAAUGAUGGUGAUUCACGGCACAUGAUGAAUGGUAUUCAUUCGGCUAACUUGGAUCAAAUGCUUUCGACUGAAUUGACUGAAGAAGAUUAA